AUGAUGAGGAAACCCAGUUGCGGUUCAAGUGAUGAGAAAAUUGACACGGUAGAAGAUCAAGUAAACAAGCUUACUUGUUCAAUACGUAACAAGGUUGGUCUGCCAAUUGCCUUGCUCGGUUUUAUGGCCUUGCUUGCCAGAUACUUCACUGGGAACACCAAAAACUAUGAAGGAAACCAGGAAGUCAUUAGUGGUAAAAUCAAUGUUAAAUUUUGGGAUUCAUCACUGCAGGAAUUUGUAGCAACUGCUUUUACCAUUGUGGUGGUUGUAAUCCCAGAAAGCUUGCGAUUAGGAGUGGCUCUUACCACUUUCUAUUCAAAGAAGAGAAUGAUGGCUGACAUGGAAAUGGUGAGUGACACUUCCGUCUCCGGUUGUGAGACAAUGGGAUCUGUCACCACCAUCCGUACCAGUAAAACAGGCAUUCUCACCAUGAACCGGAUGGUCAAAGAGUUUUAUCUCGGCGAGCACUCUGUUUUGGAAAAAGAGGCUUAUCUGACAAAUGCUUCUACUCAUGUUAAAAAUUUGUUGAAAGAGGGAAUCACUCUGAAUACUAGUCGUAGUACUCCAACUGAUAAAGCAAUUCUUUCAUGGGCAGUUCAUGUCUUGGAUACAGAUAUUGAAGUGAAAAGCAGGUGUCCGGUUCUUCGUCCUGAUCAUCGUGUUGAUGAGGCUCCUUUAAACAUUAAUUCGCAGAAGAAGAAACGAAGUGGGGUUUUGAUGAAGAGGGAGUUAAAUUCCGGCGCAUCGUUCAACAUACGACAGAGAGAAGCCUCCAGUGCACACAAUCAAGUUGAACUGGUCGAUGGACGUCACCCACUGAAAGAAGAUGGUCUGGUACUAUUAGGGCUGGUUGGCAUCAAAGAUGUCAAGAUGUUGACCAGCGACAACAUUUCCUUAGCGGAAGACAUAGCCAGAGAGUGUGGAAUACUACUCGAUAUAGAUGAUCAGGAAGGAGCAGUAAUAACAGUCUCUGGGAACAACUCAAAUGAUGUAUUUGCACUGUUGGAAGCUGAUGUAGGAAUCUCCAUGGGGAACAAAGCUGGCACCGAUGUCGUCAAGAAAGUCUCCAAUAUCGUAAUCUUGGAUGAUAAUUUUGUAUCUGUGGCCAGACUUCUGAAAUCGAGUAUAUGCAUUUCCAACAACACACAGAAAUUCAUACAGUUUGAGCUCACUCUCAAUCUUGCUGCUUUUGCUAUCAUCUUUAUUUCAGCAGCUUGUGCAGGUGAAAUCCCAUUGGACUCCAGCGACGUGCUGUGGCUGAACUUGAUUGUAAAUACAUUGGCUUCUCUGGCUCUUGCCACAGAGAGGCCCACCGAAGAACCCAUCAAGAGGCAACCUGUUGGUAGGAAAGAGCCACUCAUAUCCAACAUCAUGUUGAGGAACCUCUUGGGUCAAGUUGUGUAUCAGAUUUUGUCGUUUUGA